ACCGCAGCGGACUUCUCCCUCGUACGUCUUGCGUCGUAUCGCUGAAUUCGCAAUUCGGAACUUGACUGCUGCGAGGCAGAAUGUCUCGCCUUCCGUCGUCAAUUACGUUUAGACCUUACACCUAUCACCGUCCCGGUUCAUAAUAUACACCGUCUACAUUUAUAAAAAUUGUUACCGCCGCAGGAUCGCGUCUCCCUACCCUUUCGCUUGCACUUUGUGAGAUAGAAGAUAAGCACGGUGGAAAGAUAAAAGCUCCUCGAAUUUUCGCUCCAAAGCUGUUUAUUCGAAAAGACGAUGGCCGAUCGUUGGUACCUUCAUUGGAGUGACUGGAUCGUGUUCAUCGCAAUGCUGUGCGCCUCUGCAGCGGCAGGACUUUGGCAUUACUGCAGAAGUAAGAAGUACAACACGGAGGAAUAUCUCCUGGGCGGACGUCACAUGGGUCUUCUUCCCGUAUCGUCUUCCUUGAUCGCCAGUUUUAUUUCAGGUAUUACGAUACUUGGAACACCGGCUGAAGUAUACAAUUUUGGAACUCAGUACUGGGUGACGAUAUUCAGCAUAUUUUUUACCGGAAUCACCGUUGCCACAGUGUAUCUUCCGGUAUUCUUCGGUCUCAGACUAAACUCUGCAUACGAGUACCUCGAGAUCAGAUUCAACAGAGAAGUUCGCAUUCUAAUAUCUCUCAUCUUCGUUGUUGACGCGGUCCUGUACCAGUCCAUCGUGGUCUACGUUCCGUCUUUGGCGUUGAAUCAAGUCAGUGGUAUCAACGUUCAUCUGAUAGGAACCGUGGUAUGCGUGGUAUGCGUCUUCUAUACUGUGCUGGGAGGACUGAGAGCCGUGGUUUGGACCGACACAAUCCAGGUCGCGGUGAUGGUAUCGGCAGUGAUAGUGGUGACCUUGCUUGGAACUUAUCAGGUCGGAGGACCCUCCGAAGUUUGGAAACGGGCUGUCGAAGCGAAGAGGAUUGAGUUCUUAAAUCUCGAUCCGUCUCCCUAUACGCGACACACAUUAUGGACGGUAUCAAUAGGCUCCUGGCUCUACAGCACGGCUUACAUAUCCGUAAAUCAGACGAUGGUUCAGCGGUACCGAACCCUGUCGACCAUGAAGACUGCUAAAAUGGCUAUUUGCAUCUUCACUUGCGGGGUUAUGAGUUUCAUCUCGAUUUGCUGUUGGUGCGGUUUGGUACUGUUGGCCUGGUGGUCGCCACCAAGAUGCGACCCGAGAGCAUCAGGCCUCGUUUUUGCCGACGAUCAAAUGCUGCCGGCUUACGUGAUGGAAAUCGCUGGUCAUCUACACGGUAUUCCAGGAUUGUUUGUCGCCGGUAUCUUCGGGGCAGCGUUGAGCACUCUAUCCGUGGGUAUAAAUUCUACUUCGGUUGUUCUGCUCGAGGAUUUCGUCAAGGGAUGCUUCAGGCAGAAGCCCAGCGACAGGUGUUCCACUAUAUUCGUAAAGAGCGUUGCUAUUCUCCUCGGCAUAACUGCUUUGGCCUUCAUAUUCCUAGUCGAACGUCUCGGCGGUGUCCUCGCGGUAACUGGAAGUCUGGCAGCGAUCGCAGCGGGAACUUCCUUCGGAGUAUUUACACUCGGGAUGCUGUUCCCUUGGGCAAACUCAAAGGGUGCAUUUGUAGGUGCGAUUGCAGGAUUCACCAUCGCAGCUUGGGCCAGUCUGGGCGCCAAUGCUGCAACUGGCGCUGGUCAACUUCGUCCAAAAAAACUACCGGUCAACUUGUCUCAGUGUCCUGCAAACGUGACCGAAAAUUUUCUCGAAUUAUUUCAACAUCAGGGAGAGGAAAAUGUUUUUCCGCUAUACAGAUUAUCUUAUCACUUGAUAGCCGGCCUGGGAGCUAUAGUGGUUAUCGUUGUUGGUAAUCUAGUGACCUUGUGCACGGGUCCAAAGGAUCCACGAACAGUAGACAGGAAUUUGCUAUCGCCGGUAAUUUACAGGUGGCUUCCUGAACAGAAACAAGUGCAGGAUCUUAGAAAGUGGAGGCAACCGGUUCAGGACGCGGUUCUUCACGAUGCUGCGAAUGAUUUUCUUCUUGGCGACUUGAAGACGGUCGAUAAACCUCUGGUUAUAGUUACGAGUAGUUACGACACAUCCGAAUGAAGCUCACCUGCAACAAACCGUUUGUUCAACGUUACUGCACCAUGAUGUGUUGUGUAAACAAUAAUUAAUAGCGGAUAAACUUGAAUCAUUUCACUAUUGUUACAGAAAAGUAUUCAAUUUAAAUUGAAAACUGUCAUUUCUGGCAUUGCAUAGGUAUACAUGUAGGGUCUUUUAAUCGUUACUGAACACCAGCGAUAUGCGAAGCCAAGUCAAUCCUGGGACGCGCUUACGAUCUAAACGAUUAUCAUUUCCAAUAAAUGACCGUGCAUGUAUAAUAAUUGAAUACUCUAUUGAAAUUAUAAUUACGCUGAUCUCGUUUCAAACGAUAAUCUUAUCAGUGGAAAAGUUCUUCGAAAAUAAUUGUUAAUCUGCGUAUAUGGCAGAGAAACCAGUAUUUUCUACGUUGUGGAUGUCAUCCUAUACGGGAAAUCCAUUUGCAG